CCAACAUUGGCGGUACUAGGACGAAAGCAUCAACCACAGACAGCACUCGACGACGUCGGCAAGUACUCGGAUGGACUACCGCAAGCGCAAUCGAUUUGAGAGCAUGAACGAUGACAGCUAUUCGAAGACGGCAGAGGGAGGACAAGUGGCGAUAGCCGCGGCGCCUUCGCGACGAAAGCAGCAACGCAGACAAUUGCAGAGGGCGAUGUCACUGCCCAACAUCCAACUGCAGAUGGAACGCAAACCCGACCCUCCAUCAAUCUUUCCCGACGUCGACGUCCGGUCCCUUCGUUUGGCCGAAGUGCGCAGUUGGGUUUGUCCUUCGGUGAAGUCACCACCACCCUCGACGACAGAACCACAAGUGCUUGCAACGACACCCCCGAUUCCUCCUCCGACAGAGAACCUUCAUCUUCUUGAGAAACACCUAGACGAUGCCAUCGAAGCCAUGCGCAUUGAGCUGAGUUUGGACACCGGCGUCAUGUCCAAGGAUGGCCGCGAAGUCGCUCCGUCAAACCUUCUCUUACCGUCGCAUACCGCGGCCGCGAAUCCUGUUUCGACCCUUGGUACUUCUUCUUCGUCGUUGCGGAAGGAAGGUUCUGUUGGCGGCAAUGGCUUGACGAUCAUGUCCUCUUCGACCCCCACGUCCAGCAGCGUCGCCACCGCAAGUCCCCACACGCCGUCUCCGCUUCCACAGGCGCCCGCUUCGACGCCCAAGAAGCGCUUUAGCCUCCGUCUACAGCUCGACGACAUGCCGACGCCCCAACAAGCCGAGAACCGCGCCAACCGCGCCGCGAAUCGGCUACUCGCGUCCCGCGACGCCAUGGAUCCCACCGACACGGGCCCCGUCAGCGGCAUGCAAAAAGCCAUGCUGGCUUUCCGCUUGAGCAAUCAUUCGGGCUCGGACAACGACCCGAGCUCCCCCCAUGACGGAGGCGAAUUGGGCCGAUUCAGCAACGGCAGCUCAUACUCACCCAACCAUGGGCGGUUCACGACGCAGAACGUGCUCGUGUCGGAGGCGGGCAUCGCGUCGCCCGACUCGUCCUGCUUGCACCUGCAGGAGAAUGUCGUGCAGGUGCGCGAAGUCGGGCGGGGGGCGUCGGGGGUCGUGUACAAGGCGGUGCAUUUGCCCACUUUGAAAGUCGUGGCCAUCAAAGAAAUUCCAGUGUAUGGAAAAAGCCAGCGACGACAAAUGGUGCGCGAACUCCACGCGCUCUACGCCAACCUGGUGCCCCUGGACGACAAGAACAACCGGUCGUCGACUGCAAUUCGAUUACCGAGCCCGUACAUUGUGAGCUUUUACGACGCAUAUGUGGACAAGCAAAAGAACUGCAUCUCACUCGUGAUGGAGUACAUGGGGGUGGGGUCGCUGCAGGACGUGGUGCUCAAGUGUGGCGGCAUCGCCGAGCCCCUCGUCGCGCGCAUCGCCGCCAGCGUCCUCCGCGGCCUCCAGCACAUCCAUGGCAACCGCAUGGUGCAUCGAGACAUCAAGCCGCACAAUCUGCUCCUAAACCACCAAGGGGACAUCAAAAUUUCCGACUUUGGGCUCGCCCGGACGCUCAAUGACAACGCGACGCAGACCAAGACGUUUGUCGGAACGUUGCUAUAUAUGGCGCCCGAGCGCAUCGGCGGCGGCGACUAUGCGUAUCCUUCGGACAUUUGGUCCUUUGGCCUCGUGUUGGUCUCGGUGGCGCUCGGGCGGUACCCGUUGCCCACCCACGACGGGUUUUUUGGGUUGGUGGACUCGGUGGCCAACGAAGGGUACUUGAAGCUGCCCCCCGUGUUUUCCGAUGCGUGCCGGGAUUUCAUGGACAAGUGCUUGGCGAUAGAGCCUGAAGACCGGUGGACAGCAGAGCAGCUGCUACGCCACCCAUUCCUCGUUCAAAAUCCACCCGAAACGACGCUCAAGCUGUGGAAGCAGUUUGUUGACACAAUCUGCGAGCCACGACGGACCGAGCUCGAAGACAUUAGCGAUGCCGUGUACAGUCAUAUUUAUCAGAACAUUCAGAACUACACGACAACCACGACGCCACAGGUAGAUAUCAUUCGGAUCGUCAUGCAACGCAUCUGACGAGAUAUGACUGUGGGGAUGAUAUGCUACUGUAGUCGGACUAUGGGAUGUCCAUGCUGAGUGACACACCGAGGCACAUAAUGUCUGUGCCACCCGUCGAGCGAAGUUUGCAGUUGGGCUUGUCCAAGUACCUGGACCUGCCGGCAUCGGUCGUGUACGACAAGUUUGAAGAGGUAAGAGUGGGUGUGACGGUGUCACAUAUUUGAUUUUUAUGUAGAAGCGGCAACUGUACAAGGAAAAGCUAUGGGAUGAUUUCACGUGCUUUACCCCGCGGAGCUGGUCCAACUCCCCCGGCGACGGUCGACGGGCGAGUCUCAUGGGCAGUGCCGCGUCGAGUCCCCAUCUUCCUGCCAAACAGCAGCACCCGAAGACCCUACCCCGGCGGCGUCCAUCGUUUUGGCAGCGCAUGCAAGAGUCCCUCAAGCAAACGUUGGGGGGGGCGAGUUCUAGUAGUACUAGUAAACCGUCCAAGUAACUAUUAAUAGUGGCAGCAUUCCUUGGUACUAUUCGGC